UUGGCGGCUGCCUGAUUGAAAGAAAGUGAGGUUCGGUUUUCAGCCGAUGUUGCAAAAAAGAUUUAGAGCGGAAAUUUAACACAUGAAAAAUUUCAUGUGGGGUACAAUUUAAUUUAGAGUUGAAGCUGAAGCAACAACACCCACUUUGCUACAUGUAUAUAUUGAACUCUUAGAGUACUAAGUACAAGAUACAGUUAUAAGUCUGUUACCUAAGAUAUAAAGAGAAUGACAGACAGAAAGAGCCUUCUUGCUAAGGAAAUAGAUCCAUUCCUCAAACUGCUUACGGAAAAACAGACCGGUGCAAAGACUCCACCUAUAAAUGGUUUAGUUGCUGGUGUUACUACUGAUAAAGAAACCAUAUAUCUUAAUGGAUUCGGAACUAGAAAUUUAGAGACAGGAGUUCCAAUACAGCCAGAUGAUAUAGUGAGUUUCUUUUCAUGUUCAAAAUCUAUUACUUCUAUGGCAUUCUUAAAAUUAUGGGAAGAAGGUAAAAUUGAUCUUGAUGAGCCAGUUAAGAAACAUUUACCAUUAAUUGGAACUAUUGGAUUAAUUGAACCUGAUCUGGUGGAUGAUGAAGAUGGAUCCUUUACAAUUCCUCCUAAACCUCCAGUGAAUGAAAUUACUGCAAGACAAUUAUUAACUCAUACAGCUGGUUUCUCGUAUGCAUUUCUUAAUUAUGAUUAUUUCAAAUUAGCUACCAAGAAAGAUCUUCAUAUUAAUGCUAUUUAUCCUACUUUAGAAUAUUUUUCAACUCAUAAGAUACCAUUAGUUCAUGAACCAGGAACUGCGUGGAUGUAUGGUCAUAAUAUUGAUUGGUUAGGUUUAAUUAUUCAAGAAGUUACAGGCAAGAAGUUAGGAGAAUAUAUUGAUGAAGUUAUAUUUAAACCAAUUGGAAUGACAUCAUGUACUUUUCAUAUUCAUGAUGAUUCAAAUAUGAUUAAACUGCAUAUUCGUAAAUCAGAUAAGAGCCUUAAGUUAUUGACUAAAUUAGGAGUAACUUUAGAUCCUGAAAUUGAUAUGGGAGGUCAGGGAAUCUUUGGAAAUGUGGGAGAUUAUUUAAAGUUCAUGAGAGUUUGGCUCAAUUAUGGGAUAUCUCCUGAUACUGGUAAUCGAAUUUUAAAGGAAGAAACAGUAAAAUUUGCCAUUAAAAAUCAUUUACCAACAGAUAUAGAAAUGGAAUUUCCAUCAUUAUCUACUAAAAUGUUUAAUGAUGAUGAAAUUCAAAGAAUUACACCCGAUGGAUAUUCUUUAAGUGGUAAUGCAUACAGUAGUAAUGAUUUACCUACUGGUAGAAAAAAGGGAUCAAUUUAUUGGAGUGGUAUGGCUAAUUUAUUCUUUUGGAUUGAUUUUAAAACAAAAUUAGCUGGAUUCUAUGCUUGUCAAGUAUUCCCAUUUUUAGAUCCGACAUGUUAUAAUAAUUACAUUAAAUUUGAAACUUUGGUCUAUAAACUUGAAAAGAAUUCAUUAAAGUUAUGAACCCCUCUAAUAUAUAUAAUUAAGUACUUGACUUUUAGACUAAUUUUAGAUCACGUUUAUGUGCCGAACAGGUGCUUCGUUUAUCCAAACCUUUAUUACAUUUCUCCAAAUUCGAUUUCUUCAAUUGGCACAUUGAAAGCCUUACUAAGUGUAAUUUAAUUGAUAUGAAUAUAUUUGUUAAUUACUAUGAAAAUAAAAAUUGUGGUAUGAAUAUAUUUUAAUCGGUAUGAAUUCCGGUCCGAGAUAUAAUCUUAAAGAUAAUAAUUUCUAUAAGUAGUGUAAGAUUAGCGAGUAGUCAUUUUACUACUGUGGUAUGGAUCCACACGACUUUUAUUAAGAAAGGUUUUUUAUGACUUUUUUGUUUGUUUUGUUAAGACAGACUCCCCUAAAAGAAUGCGCAGUAAUCGUUUAAAUUUAGAUUAUGUGGAAGA